AUGCAUUUGAGUAACAGUUUUCUUCAAACACAAUUAACAGAUACUGGAUCAGCUUCCAAUGCUUGUGGUACUAGAAAAAAAGCUGGAAAACAAGAAAAGGAAAAAAAAUACAAAAGGAAAAUAGAGCAACAGAAGAAGCAGAUUCAACGUCUACGCCAUGCAUUGAACGCGAAAAAGAAAAAGCCAAAAGUUGAUCAAGACACAGCCAUAAAAGCACUGAAAACCAUGCUCCCUGAAUCCAUUGUCACCUUUAUUUCCAUGCAAAUUACCCUCCACAAGAAGAAGAAGAAAGGCCAACGAUAUUCAAAAGAGAUGAAAGCCUUUGCUCUUUCCCUUUUUCAUGUAAGUGGUAAAGCCUACAGAUUGGUUGCCAAAUUUUUUCGUCUUCCCACUCGAAGUACCCUGACAAAGUGGAUUUCAGGGCUACCGACCUCAUCAGGAUUAACAAAGGAAGCAAAGGCAGCGAUAAAGACCAAAGUCGAUGUCAUGAGUGAAGCAAGUAAGAUGUGCAUUAUUACUAUGGAUGAGCUCUCCCUGAAGGCAAACCUACAGUACGAUCAAUUAAAAGAUGAAGUGACUGGUGUGGUGGAUUUUGGAAAUGGAGAUCGUAUUGGAGAGGUAGCAAAUUCAGCAUUGGUAUUUAUGGCACGAGGAAUAACGGAGAAUUGGAAACAGCCAUUGGGGUACCUUCUGGUCCAUGAGGCAUGCCCAAGUGAGAAGAUAAAGAGCACGCUUUUUGACACGAUAGACGAGGUUACAUCAAUUGGUUUAAAUGUGAAAGGAAUCAUCUCUGAUUUAGGAUCAAACUUCCAGAAGCUUGUUCGUGAACUUAACAUAACACCAAACCAACCCUGGUUCACCUACAAGGGAAGAAAGCUAGUAUACCUGUAUGACCCUCCUCACCUGAUCAAAGCAAUUCGAAACAACCUGAUGAAUUAUGAUUUUCAUUUCGGAGAAAAAAUUGCUUCAUGGAGAGACAUCGAAUCAGUAUAG